GAGGGCGCAAGUAAAGAUUAUCAUCAUUGUGUCCGGUGUUAUUAGUACGAUCUGUGCAUUUAAAUUGUUUAAAUUAAAUUCAGUUGUAUUGUUUGCAAUAUUGGCGAUUAACUGCAAAGCGUAGAUUUUUUACGUUUAAUGCAAGUGAAACACUGUCGCAAUAUUCACAAAUCAUGACGACUACUAUGACGGAAGCGCAGCAGCCAGAUUAUAGAAGAUAUACAGAGGUAUAGAAAUUGCAGUUGACACCUGAGGAGGCAAAUGUCUUUAUGACAUGUAUGAAAAACUCAAGUGUCAUUAUGCCCACACUUGUCACCGCAGCUAUUGGAUAUGGAAUUUUCAGAGUGACUCCAUUUCGCGCACAAGCAAAAUAUGCUGCGCUGAUUGGUGGUACAUUGGGCAUGAUAUCCAGCAGAAUAUUAAUGUCUCAGUUAUGUCUUGCAAAAGUUGCUUCCAUGCCGAACAGUAAUCUCAGAGAAAAAUUGAUACAAGCGGGCUAUUACAAAGAUAACAGGCCUAUGAGUGAGCAGCAUAGGUAUAGGUUUCAACCGAUGGAUGUGCAAUCUAAAGUUCACAGUUCCGAGGACCCUUCAACAAACAUAGUCUUUGAUGAUUAUCCGCCAAUGAAUUCAUAUGACACAUAUUCUAGUCUUAACGAUAAUAGUGAUUUUCGCCCCUCCGAGGAUACGGAUCUAAGUGAACCGCUAAAUAUGCAAAAAAACAUUAGUUACGAUGAAUUAAGGCAUAAAAAUAGAGAAGAAUACUAUAAGAAAAAUAAGCAAUGGUACACUCCUCCGGCAGAAAGACCUCCGGCAGCGAACGAGACAACAAGACGUGCUCCUACAACAAGUGCUUCAUCGAUGGAGGAGAAAAAUAAGUACGGCGAUGUGUGGGAUUGAAAUCAGGUUGAAUUUUUUUUUAUCAUUGCGUACUGCCAGUGUUACAUAUGUACAUAAAUAUAUAUACGUAGAUUGCAUUUUGAAAUACACGAACGAGAUUCGGAAAUAUUUAAAUUUGAUGAAAUAUGUGAAUAAAAUAGCAAUAUAAAGCGUAUUCAUACUAA